AUGUCUUUAGUUGAUGGCCUUUCACAUUUCGUGCUCGCAGCACCAGACUCUGGUCUAUUUGAACAAUGUGUAGCGUUUUAUACUUCAUUGGGCUUUGAGACUGUUGUUAAUAACAGUAGCAAUAUUAAAAUUCAUGGCAAAUAUGGCAGCUAUACUCCAGAAUGCGUAUCCUCGCAAGAAACAUGGUUGCAUUUAUUUGGAAAAGAAGCUGCACCUGAUAUUACUAUAAAAUUGAUUUUAUCGCCAAAUGCUGUGGUAAAAGAGGAGAUUCCUGUAGAAAAUAAUGAUGAUUGGAGGGAACGCAAUGUGUGUUUUGUUGCUGUGUCGCAAAAUAUUGCUGUUCUCGAAUCAACUCUAAAAUCCAAAAAUUAUUUGCACCAAAAAUUCACACAUCCAGACAUUAAUCCAUUUGAUCCACUUGCUUCACUUCCCGAGGUUAAACUCACUCAUACCGUGCUAUACACACAUGAUCCACUAAAUAAUCUGAUUGGUUUCACUAAUAAGCUGAAUCCGUAUAGUAAGCGUGUCUACGCAAACCAACAACAGCCUGAAGUAGCGAUUCCUUUAAAGGCUGACGGAACUGAAUCAGCUAGUGGUAAACGACGAAAAAGAAUUGGAGUAUUGACUAGUGGUGGUGAUUCGCCUGGAAUGAAUGCAGUUGUUCGUGCGAUUGUAAGAGUAGCCAUUUCGCGUGAAUGUGAUGCAUAUGCUAUAUUUGAAGGAUUUGAAGGGUUGGUGCAGGGCGGAAAUUUGAUUAGAAAAUUUGGUUGGGGUGAUGUGAGAGGUUAUCUGGCUAUUGGUGGUACUCUUAUAGGAACUGCACGAUGCAACGCUUUUCGUACUCGAGAGGGCCGAUUAAAGGCAGCAUGCAAUUUAGUAAAAAAUGGAAUUGACGCUCUUAUUGUAUGUGGCGGUGAUGGUUCUUUGACCGGCGCGGAUACAUUAAGGUCUGAAUGGUCUGGUUUGAUAGAAGAAUUGGUUAAAGAAGGACAAUUGACACAGAAAGAGGUAACACCCUUCACUCACCUUAUAAUAGUGGGGAUGGUUGGCUCUAUUGACAAUGACAUGUCAUCAACAGACCUUACAAUCGGGGCAGUAACAUCAUUACAUCGUAUUUGUGAAGCUGUUGAUAGCAUCUCUUCGACAGCUUUAAGUCAUUCGCGUGCUUUUGUUAUUGAAGUAAUGGGCAGAUAUUGUGGAUGGUUGGCUUUGAUGGCUGCUGUCAGUACUGGCGCAGAUUUUGUCUUUAUUCCAGAACGUCCUCCAUCUACUGACGAUUGGGAAUCUGAAAUGUGUGAGGUUUUAGGACGGUAUCGUAAACUUGGUAAACGUAAAACCAUUGUUAUCGUCGCAGAAGGAGCAAUCGAUAAACAUCUUAACCCUAUCAAGGCGAACUAUAUCAAAGAACUAUUAAUUAAUCGUAUGGGAUUAGAUACUCGUGUCACUUGUUUGGGUCACAUACAGAGAGGAGGCAGUCCUUGUGCCUAUGACAGAAAUUUAGCUACAAGUCAAGGAGUUGAGGCCGUUGAAGCUGUUCUUGAAUCUACUCCAGACACACCUUCCCCAAUGAUUGGUAUCCGGGAAAAUAAAAUCACUCGUCAACCAUUAAUGAAGGCCGUUCAAUUAACUCAACAAGUUGCUAUUGCUAUUAGCGAAAAAGAUUUUAGACGGGCAAUGGAAUUACGCGAUCCUGAAUUUGCAGAUGAUUACGAUGCGUACAUUGCUACUACUACAGUAGAUGAUUAUUCUAUGCUUUUACCAGAACAUCAGCGUCUUCGCAUUGGUAUUAUUCAUAUUGGUGCUCCAGCUGGAGGAAUGAAUCAAGCAACCCGUGCAGCCGUACGAUUUGCUUUAAAUCGUGGUCACAUCACAUUGGCUAUACAAAAUGGAUUUCCCGGACUUUUAGACGACAAUGUACAUGAACUCUCAUGGAUCGAUGUCGAUGGUUGGGCGGCGAAAGGUGGCUCAGAAUUGGGCACAAAUCGAACAGAACCAGAUAUCGAUCUGGGAAUGAUCGCGUACAAAUUUCAAAAGCACAGAAUUAAUGCAUUACUUUUGAUUGGUGGAUUCGAGGCGUACGCAUCUCUCGUUAUGUUAAAUGCUGCACGAGACAAGUACCCAGCAUUCUGCAUACCGAUGGUGUGUUUACCAGCAACUAUCUCAAAUAACGUACCAGGAACUGAUUUUUCAUUGGGUUGUGACACAUCAUUGAAUGUUAUUGUUGAGAGUUGUGAUGCUAUUAAACAAUCUGCAUCAGCGUCCAGACGAAGGGUUUUUGUGGUGGAAGUACAAGGUGGAAAUUGUGGAUACCUUGCCGUUGGAGCCACAAGUACAUACAUACCUGAAGAAGGAGUAUCAUUAAAAACUUUACAGGCAGAUAUCAAUCAUUUAACACGUCGAUUUGGUGAAGAUAAAAAACGCACUAGUUCAGGACGUUUAAUUCUAAGAAAUGAACGUGUUUCCGAUACAUACACAACAAGCUUAACAGCCGACAUCAUUCAAACAGAAGGUCGAGGAUUAUUUGAUUGUCGAACAUGCGUGCUUGGACAUACUCAACAAGGAUCCUCACCUUCACCACUUGACCGAAUACGCGCAGUAAGACUUGCCGUGAAAUGCAUAAACUUUUUAGAGAACCACGCGUUGAGUUCAUUGGUACUAAAUGAAACUAGCAGUACGCGUCCAAAGAUAUUUAAUAAUCAGAAAGAAUCUGCAGCGGUGAUUGGUAUUCUUGGUGCACAUGUUGCUUUUAAUCCGAUAGUUGACUUAAUACAAGAUACUGAUAUGAAGAAUCGUGUCAGUAAGAAAGCCUGGUGGAUUGAUCUUAAAAAUUUAGUGGAACUCUUAUCUAAAUGGGGAUACACAGAAGAUCACUCUAAAUAA